AUGGAAGCGCUUUUCGCCCAAUCGCGUGAUCUACUCACUCGCGUCACGAUGCUCGAGCCGCCGUCAGUUUCCACUCUCGCCUCCCUCUUCGGAAUCGCCGUACCCGUUAUGUUCCUCCUCGCUCCUGUAGCCUGCCUCGCCACAACAUUCAUCUCCGCGCCUUACGGUCGACACGUGCGACCCGGCUGGGGUCCCUUAAUCCCCGCGCGGCUCGCGUGGAUCGUCAUGGAGAGCCCCGCGCUUUGGCUUUCCGCCAUGGCGUUCAGCUGGGGCUGGCACGGCUGCCACGUGGCAGAUCGGAAAGCAGGAUCAACGGCGGGUGCGGCGGCAGCGGUAUCGGAGGCGACGGAUGCGGCACCAGUAAUUAUGGCGUUUUAUCUGGUGCACUAUUUUCACCGGGUGGUGAUUUACCCGAUGCGGAUGCGAGCUGAGGGCAAGACGAUGCCUGUGACGGUGAUGCUUCUGGCGUUCUGCUACAACCUGCUCAACGGCUUCAUGCAGGGCUGGCAAGUGGGAGGCGCUGAGAAUUAUCCGCUAUCAUGGCUCUCCGCCGCAAUGCCGCCGAAAACGGCGCAGGAGCUUCAGGCGGAGAAACUGAAGCAGAAGGGUAACGAGUACUUCAACAAAGGGUUUCUCGGAGCAGCUAUAGACGCGUACACGGAGGCCAUCACCUUUGCCCCAGGGGUGCCAGUUUAUUGGACCAACCGAGCUCUAUGCCACAGGAGAAAAUGCGAUUGGCCGAGAGUAGAGCAUGACUGCACGAAGGCGUUGGAACUGGACAGAAAUUCCGUCAAGGCGCGCUUUCUUCUUGGCCUUGCUCUGGUGGAGCUGAGCCGAUUCCCAGAGGCGAUCAGAGAGCUGGAGAAGGCGUUGGAAGCACUGAGGAAUGACACGCGGUUGGUGCGCAGUGACAACCUGGACGACAUCUGGCGAGUUCUUGCUUCUGCCAAAUACCGGCGGUGGGAGGAAGAGGCCAAGGCGAGGAGGGAGAAGCAGCAGGCGCUGGGAGAUGAGCUAAAGCUGCUACUAAAGAAUCGCCUGUGUCAGCAAGUAUCGCAGCUUCUUGGCAAAGAGGGCGCGCUGAAUGGGUCAGCUCAUGUGGACUUCUCCAGUUUGGGAAACACGGAUGGUCUGGACCCUCACAAGUCGGAGCAAGUGAGGACGCUAGUGCAGCAGUACCAGGAGCGACUCAACACGCUGGAAAACGUGUUUGAUAAGGCAGGAGCACCAGACAGACCUACCGAGGUGCCUGACUUCCUCUGCUGCAAGAUCACCAUGGACAUUUUCAAGGAUCCUGUCAUCACCCCCAGUGGCGUGACAUACGAGCGAGCAGUGCUGGUGGAUCACCUGAAGUCGGGAAAACACUUUGACCCGAACAACCUUCCUCCAGCACCUGCUCUUCUUCCUGUUGCCAUUCCUGCUUUCUUUCCUUACAUGGGCUGCGCUGUGAGCCGUCCGAUCCUCGACCCGGCCGAUCUGGACGGUCUAGAGAAGGCGGUGCGCAUCCUGCACCUGCGGUACCGGUCGUGCCUGCGCCCACUGACUCGCGGCAAGCUGCCGUCUCGCACGGAACUGAAGGAGAUGCGGCUGAGCGCCCAGGCCAUGGGGGUUAGGGCCGCCAUGAUGAUGAUUGAUAAGGUCCCCAAGGGCGACCCUCGCAGGGUGCCUCUCUUUGCCUUCCGAACGUUUGCCCUCCGAGCCGAACUCGACUCCCAAGCCCUGCGAUCCACACCCGAACCUGCUGCCGCUGCCACUGCCGAACCUGCCGCUGCCACCGCCGAACCCGCUAACAAGUCCGCCCCUGCCAUUGCCAACGGGUGCCACCCUCCAUCCUCCUCCCCCUCCCCCUCCCCCUCCCGUUGGGAUGUUGACUCGUACCGUAUUGCCGCCGCGCCAUUGGAGGAUCUGCUGGAAGAUCUGACGGACGAGGUGCAAGCAGUGUGGGAGGCGUCCCAACGAACGGUGUACGAUGUGGCGGUCUCACUCGCCCCUGUCUUAGCCCAGUAUGCCUUGCUGGGACGAGCCGUGCAGCUGGUUAUUCAGGAGAAUAAUCAGGUGGUUACAGCGGAGGGUGGCAGUGGUGGUGCGGGUGGUUCUGGUGCUGGUGUUGCGGUGCGAAAGCACACGAGGGUAGUCCCAGCAGUGGGAGACGAGCUAAUCCUGUGGGACGACGGGCUAGAUGACGUGCGAGACCUCUUCCUCCCCGACCGCCGCGAGGCCAACCUUAACUCCUCCCCCUCGCCCUCCUCCUCCCCUUCCUCCUCCUCCGCUUCCUCUGCCGCUGCCUGCUCCUUCUCCUCCUCGUUCCCGCUCGGCGCGACGGUUCGAAUCGACUCGAUGAGCGAUUUCUCCUGGUUUGUCGCGUGGAACGGCACCUCCCCUGUGGAUAGUAUCCCCAGCGAGGUGUCGGUGAAGCGCCUGCUGCACUCCAUAGGCGCGUCUUCCUCCCAGCACGCGAUGCUGAGAUCCUCGGAUAAGUCGCUGCUCAUGGCGGUGACUCUCCCAGAGGUGCGGUUUGAGGCGGAGAGAAGGGUGGGCGAGCAGCUGGCGUGGGCUGUGGAGGGGGGGGCUAGGCUGGAGAUGAAACAAGGGAGGGGGCAGUUUGUGGGGAGUGGGGGGAGUGUGGGGGGAAGCGGAGGGGCAGGGGGGUUGGCUGGGGGAGGCGGAGGGGGGGGAGGGGGAGACGGGGGGGGAGGGGGAGUGGUGUUGGAGCUUCCGGGGAGGAUGCCGAUUAUAGGAGGGAUAGGAAAGGGGCCAGGAGCAGGAGGAGCAGCAGGAGGAGGAGGGGGGGGAGGAGCAGGAGCUGCAGGAGCAGGAGCAGGAGCAGGAGGAGCAGCAGGAGCAGCAGCAGCAGCAGCAGGGAGGGCGGGUAUGGGAGGGGCAGGAGGCAGGGGCGCGAAGCACCAAGCCCUCCUGCGCCGAUCCUUCGCCAAGCGCCUGGAAUCCGUGCCUGACGGCACAGACCUGGAAGAGCUGGAACCAGCCAAGGCCAUUCCGUACGAGGAGGUGGAGCGGGCGACCCAGGGGUGGGCGGAGGAGGCCAAGCUGGGGGAAGGGGGGUCGGCGGUGGUUUACCGGGGGUGUGGGGCGGACGGGCAGCUGUGGGCUGUGAAGCGCGGGAAGAAGGGCGGGAUCAGCCGACGGAAAGACUAUGAGAAAGAGAUCCACGCAGUGUCGCAGCUACGCCACCCCAACCUGGUGAGGCUGCUGGGGUACUGUGAAGAAAGGGAAGAACUCCUCCUCGUCUACGAGUUUGUGCCCAACGGCAACCUGCGCCAGCACAUCAACCCCAUUAGGGGCGAGGCGGCCAUCGAAGGCAAGCCGGGCGGCAUGCUGUCGUUUGACAAGCGCCUGGAGGUGGCGCUGGGAGUGGCGGAGGCGCUGCAGUACAUGCAUGGGUGCCACCCGGCCAUCAUUCACCGUGAUGUCAAGACUCUCAACGUAUUCCUCGACAACGACUUACAUCCGAAGCUGGGCGACUUUGGCAACGUGAAAGAGAUCAACGACGAGUCCACGUCUCCCACGCACACCCGAGUGGUCGGCACACCGGGCUACCUCGAUCCACAAUAUUGCCAGACCAGCAUUGUGUCCGAUCGUUCUGACGUCUACAGCUUUGGAGUGGUGCUUCUGGAGCUCAUAACAGGCAAGGCGCCUGUUCUCAAGGAGUCAGACGACGCCGGGGAGCGAAUGGCGCUCGCGAAAUGGGCCACCCCUGCUAUUUGCAGCGGCCACACGGACUCAGUCGCAGACCCUGUGCUGCUGGAGUCGAGCACACCACAGGCGCUGCAGGCGGUGGGCAGUCUCGCCGCCAUGUGUGUGCAGCGCCUGCCCAAGGACCGCCCAGCCAUGGGGGAGGUGGUGCGGCGACUAAAAUCCAUCAGACAGCAGGCCCUAGCAGCAGCAGCCACAGCUUCGGGCAGCCUCCGAGGCUUCCCCACGUUCGGCCGAGCCGGGUCAGGUUCCUCGCACGCUCAGCCACAGCCUGUGCAGGCAACUGCGAGUAGGUCUGGUGAGAUGAGAAUAGGGGGGAGAGGGGGGAGUGGACGGGGAGGGGCACAGCAGCAGAAGCAGCAGCAGCAGCAUGAGAAGGAGCAGCUUAAAGCCCCACUUUCACCCAGAACCCACACACGCAGUGGAUCUAUAACCACUCCCGACGCUGCUGCUGCUGCUCCUGCUGCGGGUGGUGGUGGUGGUGGUGGUGGUGGUGGUGGUGGUGCUUCAACCCCCAGACCCUCCUCUGCUGCUGCUGCUUUCCCCAUGCUCUCGCCGCGAAUCCCGGGCGGGAUAAACGUUUUCCAGAAAGAUUUCUGGCGCCCGAAGUUCCCGCCGGUCCGCUCGAAAUCGGACAUGAAUCUCGCGAACCUGCCGUCAGAAUCAGGCUCGGAAGGAAGCCAACAGGAAGGUUCCCGGGGGAGGGAGGGAGGGGGUGCAGAAGCAGAGGUGCCCUUGUCUGCUGUACCAGCAUCAAUGAGUGGGUUGGUGAGGGGGAGGAAAGGAGUUGAGAGGGUGGAGAGUACGGAAGAAGGUGAGGAGGGGGAGCUGGAAGGAGGGUUUGGGAGGAGGUGGAUGGGAGGAGAUGAGUCAGAUAGGGAGAGUGAGGGUAGUGGUGGUGGUAGGUUCGGUAGCGGUGGUAGUGGUGGUGGUGGUGGUGGUUCUUCUGCUGCAAAUGUCUCCUCUCAGUUGCUUUCCCCCAAGCCUGCUGCUCGUGCACUCAGAGGGUUCCUUCCGCACUCUAGGACCGUUUCCGGAGGGGAAGUUCCGACAACGCCCACAACGCCGACCACACCGGGAGGAAGACCCAGGAGCAGAGGGGAGGGGGGCAGCGGAGGAAAGAGGGGGCUGUUUAGACGGAGCGAGAGCGGGCAGAGCAGCAGGGAGCAGGAGAGGCGGGGUAAGGAUCAGCCGAACCAGCUGAAGCAGGCUAAACAGCAGAAGCCGGAGAGGAGGAGUUUGCAGCAGGAGGCGCAGCACCACCAGCAGUCACGGCUUCGGUAUCAGCAGUCGCAGCAGCUGCAGCAGCGGGAGCAGCAACAGGAAAGGGAAAGGGAGAGAGAGGAGGAGGAGGACGACGAGUAUGGAGCGCCGUUAUCGCCUCAAAGCCGUGAGAUGUACGGGCAAGAGGAGUGCGAUAUCGACACUCGGAGACCCGAAUCUCAUCAAUCAAACCCCCAUCGUCCAGACCCCCACGAGCAGGGUCACUGGGAGGAUGACGAGUUGGAGGAUGGGGAGGAGGAGCAGGGGGAGCAUCGACAAGGGUACGCCCGCGCACACGGGGAGAGCAGCCGUGACAGACCCGGGGAUGGGCAUGGGCGCGGGGGAGGGCAUGGGAGGGAGCGUGGGGGUGGGCAUGGGAGGGAGCGGGGGCAUGCAAGGGAGCCGUCACAGGAAGAAGCUCAAGCUCCCACGAAGCAGCCGGGAAAAAUUCCCAAGUCGAGAUCGCUGGACCUCGCGUCGCUCAUGCUCGGCCUCCCGAUUCCGCACUCCAAGACAAAGGAGGAGGUGGGCGGAGAGGGAAGAGGAGGGGGGAAGUCCCCGCGGGGGGGAGGGGCCAAGUCGCCUCGAGGGGGGGGAGGGUCCAAGUCCCCCCGAGGAGGAGGGGCGAAGUCUCCAAGAGGAGGAGGCGGUGCGAAGUCGCCUCUCAUGGCGCCGUCGUCGCCUCUGCCUGAAACUGCCAAGAAGUUUCUGUCUGCUACGCUGGGGAAGAAGAAUAAGAUGAAGGAGAUUCAAGCGCUGGUAGCAUUGCAGCACGCCAACCUGGCAGAAAUUCUCGGCUAUGCCCUGGAGAAGGAUGAUGUGCAGAUCGCAUACGACCUCCCCCCCAACUCCGCUUCCCUGGAGAACUACCUCUUUCCAGAGGGAGUGGAUGGUGACUUCCUGCCGCUGCGAGUGCGAGUGAAGGUGGCGAUAGGGGUGGCCAAGGGGCUGGCCUACCUGCACUCCAAGUCGGUGGUUCACGGCAACCUCAUGUGCUGCAAUGUGAUGCUGGAUUCGAGCUACACAGCGCUGCUGACGGGCUAUGGGCUGGCGGCAAUACUGGCCAAAGGAUCAUCAAAGAAGAUACUUAAGGGAGCGGAGGGCAUGGGGAAGGACGCGUUUGACUUCGGGGUAGUCCUCUUCUCGCUCCUCACGGGCCGCCAGGGCGCACACAGCACAGCGCAGCAGCACGGCGCCGAGGCCCUCUUUGACUGGGCCGAGCCCUACACUGACGACCUUGCUCGCAGCGCCGAGUGUGGCAGUGCCACGAGGCGCAUGGUGGUGCGCAUGCUUGAUGUGCUGGCUAAGGAAUGCAUGCAGGAUGAUCCCAGGUGUCGGCCCAGUAUGGAGGAUCUGGUGGUGAGGCUGUUCCGGCUGCAAGAUUCCCUGCCGGUGGGAAGGAAGCACCGGCCACGGCUGUUCACUGUGGGGAGGCUGGACGUGCAGACGACAGGGCUGCUGCUGGUUACCAACGACGGGAAUUUCGCGCAGCAGAUCGCACAUCCCUCAGCUGGACUUACCAAAGAGUACGUUCUCACGGUUCAGGGGCCAGUCACCAAGCGCCAGCUGGCAACCAUGGCAGCAGGGACGGAUGUUGAUGGUGUGCUCUGCACACCCGUAGCCCUCGACCUUGUAACGGAUAGUGACAAUAAAGGAGGAGGAGGAAGCGGAGGGAAGGGGAGGGAACGGGUGCGGGUGGUGGUGGCCGAGGGGAGGAACAGGGAGGUUCGGAGGCUUGCCGAAGCUGCUGGUCUGGAGGUGCUAGGGUUGAAGAGAGUUAGGAUUGGAUCGCUGCGGUUGCCGAGAGACUUGGGAGUGGGGAAGUACAAGGCGUUAAAAUCGAUAGAUGUGGAAAGGCUACUCAAGGAGAAGAUGUGA